AUGGAGUCGCUCUUUGGUCGCAAUUUCCCCUCCCUCGAGGCCGCCCGAGAGGCCUGUGAUGCAAUUGCUCGAGAGCAGGGCUUUGCCCUCUCCGUCGCCGCCAAGAAGCCCAACGCGGCCAGCCCAACCUACGUGCACUUGCGUUGCUCCAAGGGCCGGAAGUAUGUCGACUACGGCAAUGAGGCUAUCGCCAAACGCCGUAAGACGAGCACUCAAAUGACCGAAUGUCCGUACCGGUUGGCCUUGAAGCUCGACCAAGGGAGGGGCUCUUGGCUGGUCUCUUGCCCGUCCGGGCCCGCCCACAACCACCCAUUUAUCGAUGCAAUGGCCCAGGCAAAGUAUCGGGCCGAGGUCGUCUCGAAAUACCGUUGCGAGAUCGUCGAGAUGAAUAACAAUGGCAUGAGGCCGGCCGUGAUCGCAGCGCAGCUUCGGGGCCGUUCUCACCAGGACCCGGGAUUAGCUGGCAUUACGGCAACGCAGAUACAUAACGCCCUCGCCCGACAUCGCCGCGAUGAAUUACCGCUUAUUGCACAAGUUUCCUGA